AUGUCAAAAAACAGAAGCGAAGAUCUUUUUCCGGAGGAAGUCGACGAUCCAAGGAAAAAACUCAGAGGCUUCAGCCGGGCCCUAUACGUUGAAUCAAGUGAAGAAGAAGACAACUGGGAGCAAAUUGUAAGGAUUAAACAAGAACCGGUGGAAGAGCAAGAGGUGGGAAAGAAAGUGCUCACUGGACUAAUCGCCAGCCCUACGUUAGAGAAAGCCCUGGACGAUAACGAUUUUGAGAAGCAUGCUGAAUUAAUGACGGCUUACCUCCUACGGUACAACCCCGAAAAGAUGCAAGUACUCGCUAUUGAGAGGGAAAGGCAACCCCAGGCUCAACCGAGAGCAGUGAACGAACAACCGGUUCAAACACAAACCAACUCGGAAAGGCCACGCCCAACGACCACAACUUCCCGAAUGAAUCCGGAAGCUUACGUCGAGACCACUACUCCGAAGACUAAUCCGGAAACUGCGCCGAACACUAAUCCCAAGAAGUCGAAAACGACGAAAACGGCCGGGAAGAACAUCCCAAAAGGUCGCCCAAUGUCAGACGAAGAAGAAGGUCCAGUCCGAGGAGGAGGAGAUUUCGUGGAGAACGGUAUCGAAUUCGCAGACGGGAAGGUUCCGAGCCACCAUAUGACUCAACUAACAGUCUUCUGUGACAACCGGAUACGGAAAAUCAAGGGGUAUGUACCUAUAUUGAUGUUCAACAAAGCAUGGUUAGAAGCCAAUCGCAACAUAGAGGGAAGAAAGUCAUCGAAAAAGAAGAACAAAGACGACGACGAAGAUUCCAAUGAUGAAAAGUACGAAGGGCUAUCUUACCCGGUAGAACUCAGGCUAACCUACGGAGACUGGGUGACAUGCUUUAACUUGUUCUUGGAUUACUUGAAGGAUUGGUUCCACUUUGAGAAGCUAGUCUUGAAAUUUGAAGGCCAUAAGAGAAACGUCGAAAAAGUAAAAGCCGAAAAUGACGAUAAUUGGAUGGUGGCCCUACGCUACGAUAUCAUGAUACGACAUCAGUUCUGGACAACGAGGGUGGAAGGCGGAAAAGUGUCUGACCCUUCAGUAAGACAACUCACCAGUAAUAAGUCCAACGUAAAAGACAUGUCGAAGAAGAAGUGA